UCUCAAAGCAACUCUGCGCAAAUUAAUCUUACAAAAUAUUGUUGAAAAUCAAUUUGAAUUUGCUAAAAAGUGAACAAUAAUGGAUAUAAAUGAUCCAUCGGCGACUAUUUUGGUAACAGAGACGCAGGAGCUGCUUGAGGCACGUGAUGCCGAGCUGCAUAAAGUGAGGAAGCUUAAAUUGAUCUUGGAAGUAAUACCCCAGCUAAGUUUGGGCAGCGCUGAGAGUCCAGAAAUAAAGCGCGCGCUAAAAUUGUUGUCUGUAGCAGACUUUAUACGUCUGAAGGGUGACAAGGGAUACUUGUUGGAUUUGCAAGACAGCAGCAGCGGCAACUGCCCGACUAUAAGCUAUACAGACAGCAAAGCAGUGCGGCAACAAUUGUCCGCCAAACUGCGUGAAACUCUCUUGCCAAUUGCUGAGCUGGGUGACAAGAUACGUAAUGAACUGCCAGAUGCAUUGACCAAUGCUGAAGCUCAGCUAAGCACACAGCAAAGCAAAAUUAUUAAACUACAUGAGGAGCAUAGUGAAUGCUUGUCAGAGCUGGCGAGCCUGCGCAGUCGCAAGUGCGAGCUAAUGAAAGCAGCUGCUGAACUUAAAAUGGGUCCUAACUUGGUGAAUGAACUAAAACUAGCGCAGGCGCAGUCGCAAUUAUUACACACUAAAGCGGAUCUUAUGCGUGCUUAUGGCAUAAAUGAGAUAUUCUCACGCUCGGAGCAUAGUUUAAAGGCUUACAAAGAGGUGGAGAAGCAUAUUGAUGAACUGCUGAGCUGCAAACAGGUAUAACAGUUCACUAUUAUAUCAAUUCUAAAUAUAA